CAUCCAUCCAUCCGUCCGUAUGAAACAUGUAGGUACAUAUAUACAGCUCACAGCCGGCCCCCAGAGUGGUCCGGUCCGGUCCACAUACGAACCACUCGUACGUACAUACAGACAGGCAAGCACCAAAGCAAGUGUCUGAUAUCGAUAGACUCGGCCAUCCAGUGGCCUGGCAGGCAGCUACUCUCCUGUGAUGCUGGCUGUCUUCUCGAAUGUGGCUUCUCGACUCCACAGCCAGACACACUGACGACACAACACAUACGAACCCAUGUGGCAGGUCAUUGCCUGGCACCGCCAGUCCUAUUUUUCUCACCCUCCCUCUACGAGCGACGACUUCCCGUAAGGGCAAUGCCCCACUGCUGGUCCGCCCUGUCGAUGGUGAACCUUCCGAUGGUCAUGCUGCUGCGGAACAGCUGCUCCAGCGCAUUGCGGAGUCGGCUGCCCAUCGGCAGCGGUGCCCAGUUCCUCUCCCGGAGGUGCACAUGAAAACGCGCCAGGCCGCGGACGCCGUUGAUCAGAGAGGUCACGCCGUCGUGGAUGACCUGAGCAGCUGCAUCGGGCGGCCAAGACGAUGGAACUGAAUGACACACGACCCACACAAAGACGAGGCAGCAACGUUGCGGCUGACAUGACAAACCAGUGCAUUCAUUCAUUCACACCUUCGAUCGGCAGGUUGAUUGUUUUGAUGGACGGGAAGUCCGCCGACGCCCAGCCGUCAAACGGUCUCCGCGUGAGGUUGACACCAUCCUCGCGGCUGUCGCCGCCUAGCCAGACGGUGUGCACCUUCCUCCCCCUCCCCAGCCCCUCCAGCACGCUCCUCCUGUCCCCCGCGUCGACGUCGGCAUGGAACUUCACACACACCAUCGUGCUGGGCAUCCUCGAGGCGAACAGACGCCCCGCCGGCCCACCCAGAGCACUGCCGACGAAGAGCUGUAUGACCUUGGGGAAUGGGGGUAGGUGCUGGAUGAUGGCGGGCGUGGGGGCAGGAGUGCCGUGAGGGGGGGUGAAGCUACGGUCAUUGCGGACGGCAACGUGCUGCACGCUGGUGAAGUCGAGGCUCUGCGCGACCUCGAUGGCGGACUGGCUGGGGCUGUCGACGGGGUGGGUGAGGUCAUGAUGGUCGAUGAAGUAGAUGACCUCUCGCGUGUCUCGUGCUGCGUCCUGGACGACCCUCUUGAUGAAGGGGGAUGGGCGGCUUGGGGAACGGUCGAAGUAGUCCGCGUACAGGACGGACGGCGAGACACCGCCGAAUCCCGGAUCAGUCGUCACGUUGAUGGGGACGUCAGGAGACACACAGCACUCGUCGAUGAGGCAAUCCACGGGCUCCAGCGCGGUGAUCGAGCUGUGGUCAUGUAUUGAUGGGAUCCGCACAGCAAGGCUCUCGAGCGAUUUGCGGCAGCCGCGCGAUACGAGUGCCGCCUGAGUGAACAGGAGGGCGUGAUUGGCAGGUGCAUGGAUGAGGUUGGCAGCCAUUGUGUUUGCUGUGUGUGUGCCUGGUCACUUACCCGCAGCCGAUCCACUCCUUUGUUCGAUCUACUCGACAAAUGGUCGAUGGUCCCUAUGCUCCGCAGCUGGCUGAGCGGCCCUGGCCGCCCGGCAGCUGCCUCGGGGACGUGCUCAAUCACACCCGCCCACCCGUUACCCGACAGACUCCCGCCGACAUGCUGCAGCGACUUGGACGACUUGAUGAAGCCGCCCAGCUGUCGGGCACUCCACCCCUCCUGCUGGACGGUGGCCAGUGCGGGCAUUACCCACUCCCUGUCGGCGAUCACGCCGUGUGGUCCGUCGGCUCCUGUGACGGUCUUGAGCGCGUGGAGGGUGGUGGGGGUCGGGGUGAGGCCGUCCUCCUCCUCCUCCUCCUCGUUGUCGUCGUCGUCGCCCACCUCUAGAUCGUCUAGAGUGGGAGGGGGAGGGGCAGAGGGACGACGCCCGUCAGUGCUGCUUCUGGUGCUGAUGGCGGUGGUGAAUUUGAUGAUCUCCAGCGAGCCGUCGUCCAUCUGGUCGGGACCCGCCUCCUUGCGCGCCUUGCGUCGCCCCUCAGCAUGGCCCUCAAUCACGCAACACAUCUUGUCCACACACCAAGACAGGUCGCCCAGCGGCUGCGCGAUGGUGAGUGCCGUCAGGUCCACGAGCCGUUUGCCGAGCCGGGAGGCACCCUCGGAGGUGGUGUCCUCCCAGAACUGGCGCUCUGCAGGGCUGGAACUGUCUAUGGCGAUGUGGGUCUGCUGGUAGAGGGCUGCGUGGCGGAUGGUGGGGUGGUCAGGGAGGAAGGCCGACAGCUCGCGAGGGGUCAUAAAGCUCAUCACAGACGCUAUCAUGUUGUCACCGAAACCUUCAGGAGCCUGAACCGGAAACGCGACCAAGGGACACGAUGCGGGCGGCAUGAGAGUGGGUGACGCAGCGUGAGAGUUCUGUGUGGCUGUGCUGUGUGUACCUUCUUGCUAACAUCCCACACCUAGAUCCAGACAACACACACACGUCACACACAGUGAGCAGUGGGUCCACGUGUCUUUUGUGCAAGCAGCUGCUCACCAGGUGCACUCCCGGUUGGCCAUGCGGUAGUGUAUUGGUCUCGCGCGGCACCACUUUGAACUUCUCUCCGCGGCCGCCCACCUCCCUCAUGCGGAUGGCCGUCCCUCUACUGGUCUCCUCCGUGCGAUACACGUCCGCUUUGAUCCAGACAUAGCUGUCAUUGGCACCCCUUCUCGUCUUGGACGUCAGCAGAACACGGGUGCCCUCCUUGUAACGACUACUCGUACGCCGUGGCGCCACCUGAUCAAUCAGCCAAACAAAGGAAUGCGUCAUGGAUGCAAUUGAUGCAGCGGCACGCCUUAAGCUUUGCAUCCAUGCCAUGACUCACCUCUGGCUGAGGCCGAGCGGCUGGUGAUGCUGCCACUGCAGCUGCCAUGCCGCUGCAACUCAACGGCUGACAGGAUAACACGGCUGCAAUGAAUGCAUCACUCUCAACGUUCACCCUGUCAUCUGCGGGCUUGCUUUCUAUGGGUGCGGCGAGGGAUGGCCUCUCAUCACGGGCUGCUUAUCGACAAACGUGGAAUGAUGGUCAAGGCGGAAGAGCGGCCUGGCCAGGACAAUAAUGCCCGUGGAGGGACCCCGACUAGCUAUACAAGGGGCAUUUGUCAUCCCUUCAGCUCGCCGAAAAGCUCGCAAAAGUUGGAA